GAUCGACCCAUUUGGUUGACACGCUCGGGCCACUGCGACGAGGUGGAGGACCUGGACCCGCUGCAGGAUGGAAGCGAGGAGACUGCUGCAGCUGGGGAUGAAGCAUCAGAGGCGGCUCCCGCCCGCAGCGGCAGGGCCAGGCUGGAGAGCAGCGCUAUGCCGCUCAGCAGCGGCAGCAAGCGGCAGGCCAAGUUUCCCUCGAUUGCCUCCAUGACAGCUCACCUCAGCCCAGCGGGGCUCGACUUUUCGCGGAGGCUCAGCGAGUUCAUUGCCGACUACACGCAAAAGAAGUGCGCGGGCUGUCGUGUCGAGGAGGGGCAGUGCCCGGUGUUGGUCUACACGAGCGUCGAGCGAUCGAGCAGCCUGAAGAUGAUCAACACGGGCGUGUGCAGCGGCAUGAGCGUGCAGGAAAUGAUGGAGAAGAUGCCCAACGAGUGGGCCGCCUGGCGCGCGGACCCCUUCCGCUACCGCUUCGCCGGUGGCGAGUCCUACAAGGACGUCGUGCAGAACGUGGAGCCCCUUGUCCUCGACCUCGAGCGACAGCUCACCCCCAACCAGUACGGCUGGAAAGUCGACCUCAUCCCCCUCCACGGCCUCGACGGCAGCGCCAGUCCCGCGGCCGCCGACCACCAGCAACGCUACCACCAGCAGCAACACCCGUUCUAUGGCCGAACUGAUGCCAGCGACAGCUCCGCCAAACGCGAACACGACGCGCCGAGAGCGACUGCGGAAGGCGAGGGCAGCCUUGUCUGA